AUGAAGCCUGAAGUUGAGCAAGAAUUAGCUCAUAUUUUGCUAACUGAAUUGUUAGCUUAUCAAUUUGCCUCCCCUGUGAGAUGGAUUGAAACUCAAGAUGUCUUUCUAAAAGAUUUCAAUACUGAAAGAGUCGUUGAAAUUGGUCCUUCUCCCACUUUGGCUGGGAUGGCUCAAAGAACCUUGAAGAAUAAAUACGAGUCUUACGAUGCUGCUUUAUCUUUGCACAGAGAAAUCUUGUGCUACUCCAAGGAUGCCAGAGAAAUUUAUUAUACCCCAGAUCCAUCGGAACUAGCUGCAAAGGAAGAACCUGCUAAAGACGAAGCAGCAGCUCCGGCUCCAGCAGCUAGUGCUCCUGCCCCAGCCGUGGCAGCUCCAGCUCCUGCAGCAGCAGCAGCCCCAGCAGCCGCAGUUGCUGAAAUUGCUGAUGAACCCGUGAAGGCCUCUCUGCUGUUACAUGUUUUGGUUGCCCAUAAACUGAAGAAACCAUUAGAUUCCAUCCCAAUGUCCAAGACCAUCAAAGACUUGGUUGGUGGUAAAUCUACUGUCCAAAAUGAAAUUUUGGGUGACUUAGGUAAGGAAUUCGGUACUACUCCAGAAAAGCCAGAAGAAACUCCAUUAGAAGAAUUGGCAGAAACUUUCCAAGAUACCUUCUCUGGUGCGUUAGGUAAGCAAUCCUCUUCCUUGUUAUCGAGAUUGAUCUCUUCAAAGAUGCCUGGUGGGUUUACGAUUACGGUCGCUAGAAAGUACUUACAAACCCGUUGGGGACUUCCAUCUGGUAGGCAAGAUGGUGUUCUUUUGGUAGCUUUAUCCAAUGAGCCCGCAGCCCGUCUAGGUUCUGAAGCUGAUGCAAAGGCUUUCUUGGACUCCAUGGCUCAAAAAUACGCUUCCAUUGUUGGUGUUGACUUAUCAUCCACUGCUAGUGCUGCUGCUGCCGCCGGUGCCGGUCCUGCUGCCGGUGCUGCCAUGAUUGAUGCUGGCGCUUUGGAAGAAAUCACCAAGGACCACAAGAUUUUAGCCCGUCAACAAUUACAAGUGUUGGCUCGUUACUUGAAAAUGGACUUGGAUAACGGUGAAAGGAAAUUCUUGAAAGAAAAAGACACUGUCACUGAACUGCAAGCUCAAUUAGAUUACCUAAAUGCUGAAUUAGGUGAAUUUUUUAUCAAUGGUGUCGCUACUUCUUUCUCUAGAAAGAAAGCUAGAACUUUUGAUUCCUCAUGGAAUUGGGCCAAACAAUCUUUGUUGUCAUUAUAUUUCGAGAUAAUCCACGGUGUUUUGAAGAAUGUUGACAGAGAAGUUGUUAGCGAAGCUAUUAAUAUCAUGAACAGAUCCAACGAUGCUUUGAUUAAGUUCAUGGAAUACCAUAUCUCUAAUACUGAUGAAACCAAAGGUGAAAACUACCAAUUGGUCAAGACCCUUGGUGAACAAUUGAUUGAAAAUUGUAAACAAGUUUUGGAUGUUGACCCAGUCUACAAAGAUGUUGCUAAGCCAACCGGUCCAAAAACUGGAAUUGACAAAAAUGGUAAUAUCACAUACUCAGAAGAGCCAAGAGAAAAGGUGAGAAAACUAUCUCAAUACGUACAAGAAAUGGCCCUUGGUGGUCCAAUCACUAAGGACUCCCAACCAACUAUUGAAGAAGAUUUGACUCGUGUUUACAAGGCUAUCAGUGCUCAAGCUGACAAGCAAGAUAUUUCAAGCUCCACAAGAGUGGAAUUUGAAAAAUUAUACAGCGAUUUGGUUAAGUUCUUGGAAAGUUCCAAAGAAAUCGAUCCUUCUCAAACCACUCAACUAGCUGGUAUGGAUGUUGAGGAUGCUUUGGACAAAGACUCCACUAAAGAAGUUGCAUCUUUGCCAAACAAGUCUACUAUAUCUAAAACAGUGUCUUCAACUAUUCCAAGAGAAACUAUUCCAUUCUUACACUUAAGAAAAAAGACUCCUGCUGGGGAUUGGAAAUAUGACCGUCAACUAUCGUCUCUUUUCUUGGAUGGUUUGGAAAAGGCUGCCUUCAAUGGUGUUACCUUUAAGGACAAAUAUGUUCUGAUAACUGGUGCAGGUAAGGGCUCUAUUGGUGCUGAGGUCUUACAAGGUUUGUUGCAAGGUGGUGCUAAAGUUAUUGUUACGACAUCUCGCUUCUCUAAACAAGUUACUGACUACUACCAAUCAAUUUACGCCAAGUAUGGUGCCAAGGGUUCUACUUUAAUUGUUGUUCCAUUCAACCAAGGUUCUAAACAGGAUGUUGAAGCUUUGAUAGAAUUUAUCUACGACACCGAAAAGAAUGGUGGUUUGAAUUGGGAUUUGGAUGCCAUAAUUCCAUUUGCUGCCAUUCCAGAACAAGGUAUUGAAUUGGAACACAUUGAUUCCAAGUCUGAAUUUGCUCAUAGAAUCAUGUUAACCAAUAUCUUGAGAAUGAUGGGUUGUGUCAAGAAGCAAAAAUCUGCUAGAGGUGUUGAAACUAGACCAGCUCAAGUCAUCUUACCAAUGUCUCCAAACCAUGGUACUUUUGGUGGUGAUGGUAUGUAUUCAGAGUCUAAGUUGUCUUUGGAAACUUUAUUUAACAGAUGGCAUUCUGAAUCUUGGGCUAACCAAUUGACCAUUUGUGGUGCUAUUAUUGGUUGGACUAGAGGUACUGGUUUAAUGAGUGCUAAUAACAUCAUUGCUGAAGGGAUUGAAAAGAUGGGUGUUCGUACUUUCUCUCAAAAAGAAAUGGCUUUCAAUCUAUUGGGUUUGCUGACUCCAGAAGUUGUCGAAUUGUGUCAAAAAUCUCCUGUUAUGGCUGACUUAAACGGUGGGUUACAAUUUGUUCCUGACUUGAAGGAAUUCACUGCUAAAUUACGUAAGGAGUUGGUCGAAACUUCAGAAGUUAGAAAGGCAGUUUCCAUUGAAACUGCUUUGGAACAUAAGGUCGUUAACGGUAACGGUGCCGACGCUGCAUAUGCUCAAGUCGAAGUACAGCCAAGAGCUAACAUUCAAUUGGACUUCCCAGAAUUGAAACCAUAUAAGCAGGUCAAAAAGAUUGCCCCUGCUGAACUUGAAGGGUUAUUAGAUUUGGAGAGAGUUAUUGUUGUUACUGGUUUUGCUGAAGUCGGCCCAUGGGGUUCUGCCAGAACAAGAUGGGAAAUGGAAGCCUUUGGUGAAUUUUCUUUGGAAGGUUGCGUUGAAAUGGCUUGGAUUAUGGGUUUCAUUUCAUAUCAUAACGGUAACUUGAAGGGUCGUCCAUAUACCGGUUGGGUUGAUUCCAAGACAAAGGAACCAGUUGACGACAAGGACGUUAAGGCAAAGUACGAAUCAUCUAUCUUAGAGCACAGUGGUAUCAGAUUGAUCGAAGCAGAAUUAUUCAACGGGUAUAAUCCAGAAAAGAAGGAAAUGAUCCAAGAAGUUAUUGUCGAAGAAGACUUGGAGCCAUUUGAGGCUUCUAAGGAAACUGCUGAGCAAUUUAAGCAUCAACAUGGUGAUAAGGUGGAUGUCUUUGAAAUCCCAGAAACAGGGGAAUACUCUGUUAAGUUGUUAAAGGGUGCUACCUUAUAUAUUCCAAAAGCUUUGAGAUUCGAUCGUUUGGUUGCUGGUCAAAUUCCAACCGGGUGGAGUGCGAAGACUUACGGUAUUUCUGAUGACAUCAUUUCUCAAGUUGACCCAAUCACAUUGUUCGUUUUGGUUUCUGUUGUGGAGGCCUUUAUUGCAUCUGGUAUCACCGAUCCAUACGAAAUGUACAAGUACGUACAUGUUUCUGAAGUUGGUAAUUGUUCUGGUUCUGGUAUGGGUGGUGUUUCUGCCUUGCGUGGAAUGUUCAAGGAUCGUUUCAAGGAUGAACCUGUUCAGAACGAUAUUUUACAAGAAUCGUUCAUCAACACCAUGUCCGCUUGGGUUAAUAUGUUAUUGAUUUCUUCAUCUGGUCCAAUAAAAACGCCUGUUGGUGCCUGUGCCACAUCUGUGGAAUCUGUUGAUAUUGGUGUGGAAACCAUCUUGUCUGGUAAGGCUAGAAUUUGUAUUGUUGGUGGUUACGAUGAUUUCCAAGAAGAGGGAUCUUUUGAAUUUGGUAACAUGAAGGCUACUUCCAACACUUUGGAAGAGUUUGAACACGGCCGUACUCCAGCAGAGAUGUCCAGACCUGCUACUACAACCCGUAACGGGUUCAUGGAAGCUCAAGGUGCUGGUAUUCAAAUCAUUAUGCAAGCUGAUCUAGCUUUGAAGAUGGGUGUUCCAAUUUACGGUAUUGUUGCCAUGGCCGCCACCGCCACUGACAAGAUUGGUAGAUCUGUUCCUGCUCCAGGUAAGGGUAUUUUGACCACUGCUCGUGAGCACCAUUCCAGCGUCAAAUAUGCUUCACCAAACUUGAACAUGAAGUACAGAAAACGUCAAUUAGUUACCCGUGAAGCUCAAAUUAAAGAUUGGGUAGAGAACGAAUUGGAAGCUUUGAAACUGGAGGCUGAAGAAAUUCCAAGCGAAGAUCAGAACGAAUUCUUGCUCGAACGUACCAGAGAAAUUCAUAAUGAAGCUGAAAAUCAAUUGAGGGCUGCACAACAACAAUGGGGUAACGAUUUCUUUAAGAGGGAUCCACGCAUCGCCCCAUUGAGGGGAGCCUUGGCUACUUAUGGGUUAACUAUUGAUGACUUGGGUGUCGCCUCAUUCCAUGGUACAUCAACUAAGGCUAAUGAUAAGAACGAAUCUGCUACAAUCAAUGAAAUGAUGAAGCAUUUGGGUAGAUCUGAAGGUAACCCCGUCAUCGGUGUUUUCCAGAAGUUUUUGACUGGUCAUCCAAAGGGUGCUGCCGGUGCAUGGAUGAUGAACGGUGCUCUGCAAAUUUUGAACAGCGGUAUCAUUCCAGGUAACCGUAACGCUGAUAACGUUGACAAGAUUUUGGAGCAAUUUGAAUAUGUUUUGUAUCCAUCCAAGACUUUGAAGACCGACGGUGUCAGAGCAGUGUCCAUCACCUCUUUCGGUUUCGGUCAAAAGGGUGGUCAAGCCAUUGUGGUCCAUCCAGACUACUUGUAUGCCACCAUCACUGAAGAUAGAUACAAUGAAUAUGUUGCCAAGGUGAAUGCCAGAGAAAAGAGCGCUUACAAGUUCUUCCACAACGGUAUGAUCUACAACAAGUUGUUCGUUAGUAAGGAACAUGCUCCAUACACUGACGAUUUGGAAGAACGUGUUUACUUAGAUCCAUUAGCUCGUGUUUCCACGGACAAGAAGUCCGGCUCUUUGAUUUUCACUUCCAAGAACAUUCAAAACAAGGAGAGCUACAUCAAUGCGAACACUAUCGAAACCGCAAAGAUGAUUGAAAACAUGACCAAGGAAAAGGUCUCUGACGGUGGCGUCGGUGUAGAUGUUGAACUGAUUACCAGCAUCAACGUCGAAAACGAUACUUUUAUCCAGCGUAAUUUCACCGCCCAAGAAAUAGACUACUGUAACGCGCAACCUAGCGUUCAAAGUUCUUUUGCUGGAACAUGGUCUGCCAAAGAAGCCGUUUUUAAGUCCUUAGGCGUCAAGUCCCUAGGAGGCGGUGCUGCAUUGAAGGACAUUGAAAUCGUCCGUGUCAACAAGAAUGGGCCCGCUGUCGAAUUGCACGGUAAUGCUAAGAAGGUCGCUGACCAAGCUGGAAUUACCGACGUGAAGGUGUCCAUUUCUCAUGAUGAUCUCCAAGCUGUCGCUGUCGCCAUUUCCACCAAGAAAUAG